CUCUGACUGAUCUUCUUACGCUUUGCAUUGAGGAAGGAGCUCUUCUGGGCGGUUGGAUAACAGAGUCGUUCUAGUGUGUUUUUAGGGUGAGCCCGUCCAAGACGCCUGUGCGUCCCCGCGCCCCUCGCCAGCUGAUGUCGUCCUAGGCUAGGGGAUUGAAGAAGCACUUGAAGAGGCUCAAUGCGCCCAAGCAUUGGAUGCUCGACAAGCUUGGCGGAGCUUUUUUCAUGCUCUGCAAGGUGAGGUCUGUUCAGUUUGGUCUGAAAGGCAUCCCCUACCUGAACACCUACGACGACCGCACCAUCCGCUACCCCGACCCGCUCAUCAAGGCCAACGACACCAUCAAGAUCGAUCUGGAGACCAACAAGAUCAUGGACUUCAUCAAGUUUGAUGUCGGCAACGUGGUCAUGGUGACCGGCGGGAGGAACACCGGGCGUGUAGGAGUGAUCAAGAAUAGGGAGAAGCACAAGGGCAGCUUCGAGACCAUCCACGUGCUGCUUGGAGCUUUUUUGCUAUGUCUAGUUUUCUCCUAUUUGUUGUACAGAAAAACAUAGAAUGGAAUUCGACUUUGGUGGCCGCAAAAGUGUAGAGACUUGAUUUCAUAUAAAGUUAGGCUUAACAUUAGUGCAAAUAGUUGUAUUUUAGUUUAAAUUUAGAGUACA